UCACAAAUCAUGUCCCGUCACUGCUGCAGUCAGAGGCGAUGGAGGUUCCAAGAGACAGACAAGUGUUUGGUGACAUAUGCAGCAGCCAAAUGACACAACGCGUGAGGAGAGCUGCCGUGAACAAAAAGGUGGAUAAAGCACUGGUGCCACGGAGCAGCAGUCCACUCACAGUGUACGUCGAGCUUCCCUGCGUCAUUGAACAAGCUUUUUCUACAAUCGCAUGGGAUGAUUUGGAAGAGUGCGCAUCUGCAGUGAGGAGGGAGAGCGAUUCCCUCGGCUCUCAGAUGAAUGAAUCUGAUGCAGAUGAUCAAGAUUUUGGAGAUUAUGCGCUGGAUUUCAUGGCAGAGUCUCCCACCACACUGGAGAGCAGUCUGUCUCCAGCUGAACUGGUGCCAUUUCAGGGAUGUGUCAUUCCUCCCCUCACUCCCCAGCCAGAGUUUUCUGCAGAAGAGAGUCAUCAUAUUAACUCCUUCACACAAGCUGCCGACCAGCCUGCUCAGGAUGGAGCUCUGUGGAGGGGCAUCGCUCAGUGUGAGCGAGGUGUACUGGGACAUUCUGUGGAAGUCAACUAUCAGCUCCAUGAAGCUCUUCACAGGCGACAGGAGGAGAUCGAUUCUCUUCAGGAGAGAAACGUUCACCUCAGGCAGUUGGCCAGUCGAGCAAAGCACUUGGCCUCGGUGCUCGAGAAACUUAUGACAGUCAGAGACCCAAAUGAACGAGAGCCAGUGCUGCCAUGUGGUGCUAAACCUUCACUGAGUCCCUGUAAGCGGCAGCGUUUGGAUGAAGGAUAUGAAACAGAGUCAUCAGACUUGGUGGAGGACAUGCUGAGGGACAUCAGCACACGCUGCAAUGCUGUCCUGCACGGCACGGCCGCUGGAACAAGCACACAGCAGGAACCAGAGACACAUGUACGAAUGUUCGGUGCAUUCUCGGGCCUACAGAUGAGUAUUUCCAAAGACAACGGCCUGAGGCCUGAGGGAGCAGAGGCCGAGGAGAGUGUCUCGUCUUUCAGAACUUCUAUUCGAGAUCACUGCACCAUAAGGACUCAGGUGUUUCCUCAUGGACGUGCCUUCACCUCCAACACUCAGGAAGGUGGAUACCGCUUUCGCUGGGUCCCCAACCACAGCUGAAGCCAGGGUGAACUAAUCCAAAACCAGAUCCAUCAUACACUGCCAGACUGGAAGGAAGUGUGGGUGGGCAGAGACUGCUAAUGCUUAACUGAUAAUCUAUAGUGAUAUCUGUAAAUGAUUAAAUGAUGUCUUCCUCAGGUAGCUGCAAGGCUAAUCAGUCAGAGGUGGUGCUUAAACAAAGGAAAUAACACUGCCCGCACAGUUGUUUACAUUGUGUUUCUGUUUACAGGCCUCAAUGUCAUGUUUGGUUUUGUCCCUCACUGCAUUUUUUUCAUAGGAAUUAUUUCAUAAAGUUGUGAAUAAAAGAUGGGAUUUAAAAA